AUGGGCUCUAUUGGUACUUCUUUGUCCUCACCUCCCUCCCGCCCGGGUCUUUCGAAUACUGGCGCUGCUUUACAGCUCUGGGAGUCGGCCUCCGCUGUUUUCUCGAAUCCCACAGCCCUCCUUUCUUUUACUCGCAACUUUCAGAUCCUUGAUCAGGAUGGAAUAUUGAAUUGGGGGAAGGUUGCUUUCUUGACCACUUGUAUCAUCACGAUGGCCGGCUGCGGUUUCCUUUCUUCAUUGCUGCGGCGCAAGGGCUCCAAGCGGUCCUCUGGCCGCAAGCGCUUCCGCCGUGGAAUUCAGAAUGACGACUCGAAAACGUCGCCAGGGACCACCACUUCUUCUGAAGAGGAAGAUUAUGACAGCAGUGGCUCACUUCAUCACGGCACGGACGCUGCUUUGCCUCAGGAAAAGGUGACGCACAAACAUCACGAGCAGUCGGCGGACGCUAACGUUGGUCCGUGUUUUGGAAUUGACCUGCCUGGGUGCGGACUAUCGACAUUUGCUCCCACGGACUGGGACGCUUAUACAGCCGAAGCGUUGGCGGAACUACUGUUCACAGCUAUUGAACAACAUCGCGACCGGGAGGCGGGCCAGAAGGUCGUUCUGAUUGGUCAUAGCAUGGGGUGCUCUCUUUCCGCUUUGUUGGCAUCAUCCGCGUCGUCGAUUGGGUCAGAGCUGAAAGAACAUAUUUUGGGACUGGUCGCUAUCUGUCCUCGCGCAUCCCCCCCGACCCCCAAUGAAGUCGCGUCAUACCGUCGCCUUCUCAGAAUUCCAGAAAGUAUCUUUGAUAUGUGGCGCUAUUGGGACCGACGUGGCGGGCUUCACAGUGCAAGUGUGAACCGAUUAGUCGGCACCGAUGCGGACCCCGAUACAAGGGAGCUUCAGGUGCGCUACAACAAACAAAGCAAAACUCCUGUUUGGAGGCGUAUGGCCUGGGGAACUCUCCCCACCUAUAAUAAGGACGGCAAGGCGAUUGGAGGUAUUCCAGGAGAAGAAGUCUGGGCAGGAGUCAAGACAUCUGUCCUCCUUGUUGCGGGUGAGUCUGAUGCAGUAACCAAGCCUGCGGAACUCCAAAAGCUUCUCAAAUUCUUCGGUGAAGUUGGACCCCAUGCAGAGGCUGAUGGAAGCGCCAUUAUACCCGAUGCGUCCGAAACUCAUGAUACAGUUUCAGCGGCGUAUGAUCGUUUUGCACAUGAAGAGGAAUAUGGUCUCGAAGCACAAACGAGUGAGAAGACACUAUUCGAUGAUCGUCGAGCCUCGAGUGAAAAGAAACGUGCUGUCAAGACAGUCAUUCUUCCUGGGCCAGCUUCUCAUGCUCUUCUUUACGAUCGUGCGACAUAUCGCACUCUGGCGGGCAUCAUCCAAGACUUUCUCUCGCAACACAUUGACGAACGCCUGAGUCUUGGAUGGCAGUUGCAGUACAUGAACACCUCUGGCAAGUGGGAUGUUAAAAACCUCGCCAAAUGGAAGAAAGUCACACCUGUGUCUCAACGAAUUGCGAAUACCUUUGUCGCGCUUAAGAUGCUGAGAGAGGUCGAUGAAGAGCACAAUCCUGUGCUGUUCUCGCAGAAGUACCGCGACCAAAUUUACGCGGUCAUUGAUAUCAGCUACGAGAACCCGGUAUAUAAUCCUGCUUCUCUCGAAAAGGGAGGCAUCCAUUACCAGAAGCACCCCACAGUAUCGAAGAUCCCGCCGACGGCUGACGAGGUUCGGGAUUUCAUUGCUUUGGUAGAUCGGCUUCAGAACGAGAUCACCGAAAAGAUGAAGAAGUCCGGUAACCCUGACGGUCCCAGGCCUGUGGUUGGAGUGCACUGCCACUAUGGGUUUAAUCGAACCGGCUUCUUAAUUGUCAGCUACUUGAUUGAACGAUUGGGCUUCAGAGUCCAGGAUGCCAUUGAUGAGUUUGAAAGGCAACGACCACCUGGAAUUCGGCACGGACAUUUUAUUGAUACUUUGUUUGUGCGAUACUGUGUUGGGCUCAAGAGGGCGCCUACACUGUAA